UAUUCAAUCGUUUUUAAUGAAGCGCAUGACAGCAGUAGCUGAAGAAAUAUUUAACGCUCUCAAAGACAAUAUCAUUGAAUACGAGCAGGAGAUAGAGCGCCUGAAGCAGGAGAAUUGUUGUCUGAGGAGCGCACUUACUGAAACGCGCCAUGAUACUCAGCAAGAUGGAGUUCUGCAAGGUCCAGUGGGUUCAGAGCUCUCAGAAAUACGAGUAAAGAUGGAGGUUGCCACUGUGAUGUCCCAUGAGCCUUUGACUCAUGAAGCUUCUACCUCUACUUCGCACCUUUCUGAAGAUUUUGAAUGGCAGGAACCUCAUCAGUUCCUCUCACUUCUGCCGAAUGUGCUGUUGAAGAAUGAAGAUAGUGGUGGCACAGAUCCACAGUCAUCCAUCACAGUUAAGUCAGAUCAGUGUGAUAAUCAGACCGGUGAAUCAAAUUCAUCUGAAGUGCAGUCUAGCAGCAACUGUCACGCUGAAAUUCCAGUACCUGAACAAGGCCCACCGUCUCUUCAAGUUUACAUUGAAACCUCCGAUGAGGUGUUACAAAAUGGAGUUCAAAAUCACCAGAACACCUCAAUAUGCAAGAUUUGUAGCAAGUCUUUCAGCACCAAAGGAAGUUUGCAGAGACAUAUGCUGGUGCACCAGAACAUGGCGCAUUUCUGCUGUGUUUCAUGUGGGAGUCGUUUUAAAUCGAAAUUCCAAUUGAAAGAACAUGAGAGACUCCAUACAGAAAGACGAGCAAAGAAUCGGACCGAAGAACCAGUGAGCUCACAGCUCUCCCAUGUGGAAAUUAUUCUGCAGCCGGACAGUGUAAAUGUGAACGCAAACUCACGGCAAUCUACUAGAUUAAGUCUCUCUGCUCAGGUCCCUGGGAAGUUUUCUUUCCGUUGCAAGAUAUGUGACAGGCCAUUCAAACGUCAAAAGAACCUGAAAAACCACAUGCUUUUGCACCAAUGUGAUCGAAACUACCCCUGUAUAUUUUGUGGCAGAAGGUUUUUUAAGAGCUGGCAUCUUGCAGAACAUUUAAGAAUUCACACUGGUGAAAAACCAUUUGGAUGUAGUAAAUGUGGAAUGGCGUUUGUUCAGUGGAAUCAAGCAAGAUCACAUAUAAUUAAGCAUCAUGAAGGAGAUAUGUCACUGUUAUCAAAGGAAAAAACCUAAACCUGUAAAUAUUUACUUAUUACCACCUCUUUAGCAAAUAAAUUAGAAUAGUAUGUUAAUUUUGAAUGUACUUUCCUAAUUAUUUGCAUGCAAAGAUUGUUACAGAGAGACUUUUAUCUCGUGUUGUAGAUGCAUACUCUUCCUUUAUCUCAUGUCUGUCAUUAAAAGAGCUUUCAUAGUGAUUUGUU